ACACAACUCCUUAAAUAUAUAGCGACGUAAAACGAUCUUUCCACCCCCAUUAUGUUAAACUUGUCAAUUUAAAUAAAUAAAGAAGAAAGAUGGAUAAGAAUCGGGCAAUAAAUAAAAUGGAUAACAAGGAAAUAAAACUUGUUCAUCAGUUCCUUAUAGACCAUGAUUUUGAAAAUACUGCCGAUGCAUUGAUGGUAGAAGCAACAAUAAAAGGUUUUAAACAUCUUAAGAAUGAUUUGCAGACCGAAGGCGAUAUGUACGAAAAUUGUUACGAACAAUUAAUGUUCAGCUAUAAAACAGGAGAUUGGAAAACGUUCUUCAACUUAUGGAAUUUGAUAGUACCUGAAGAUGCUAAACAGACAAAAGCUUGUAAAAUUUUAAUGUUACAUAUAUAUGUGUAUUUUGCAAUGUUACCUAAACACAUGUUAAUGUUACAUUGGUAUAAAAAAAAAGAUAAAAUACAAGCAGCUGUAAGUGAUCUUGUGACAUCAUCUAAUCAACAAGAUUCUGAAUGUGAAGAAAAUUUUAUGACUGAAAUAGAGAAGAACAUGAAUGAUAGUAUGGAACGGUUACGUACAUUUCUAAAUACAACAGGUAAAGAAUUAGAAAAUGAUGCAGAAUUAAGACCUUAUUUUGCGUUUCCCUUUAUGGAAGAUCCAUAUGCAGAACCAUUUCUUUCUAACAUAUUUGAAAAAAGUUGGACAGAUAAAUUGACAAACCACUUACAGCUCUUUCUCAAAAAUUACAAACAACAAAGUUUUAGCAAUACAAAAUAUAAUGAUGAAAAUUCAGACAAAUUUUCUUCAAGUUAUACAUCCUUAUCAGAAGACUCCAAAAAAGAUGUGAUUGCAAAGAAGGCAAUUAAAAACAAUAAUGUACCAAUCAUACCAAAUGAUAGAAACAUUCCAAUGUUUUUGGAAGAUGAUGAAUCUGAAGAGCAACCUAUUUUUUAUGAUAGUAUAAAGUAUAGUCAAAAAUCAAAAAGUAUACAGACUGUAUCAAUGAAUUCUUCAGAAGAAGAGAUAUAUUCAUCACACUUUCCUAAAAGGAAUAAAAAAUUGAUGCAGUGUACACAAGAGUUAGCAGUAGCAAAAUCUCAUUUAUGCAGUGUUCAUUCCAAUUAUGAAAAGCUAAAAAUCAGAUUUCAUAAACUGCAUGCUGAUUAUCAUAAACUGAUGAGCAUUGCAAGAGUAUUAACAAGUGCCUUAGAGGAUUCUGUAAAAGGACAAGUCAUUGAUUUCCAGGCUAUGUUAGAAACUUGUAUAAGAAUCUUUCCAGAUUUGUUUAAUCAAAAUAUAAAAGAUAGUAUACAUUGUUCAUCAGAAUUGUUAUUAUCAAAAUCUCGUUCUGAUAUGAAAACCAUUGAGUAUUCAAACUCAAACAAUGUAUUUAUUCCUCCAAAACUAUUGAAUUUCAAAAAAAUCAAAUUACAUUUAAUUAAUGGAAGCAUUAAAACAAAACUAUUUCUUUUGCAAGCAUUGCGAAGGAAAAUAACAUUUAGUCAACCUGGAGAAAGAGAUGAGACGGUGCAUGAAUAUAUAAGUAAAGACUUGUUGGGACUUCACAGUCAAAUUGCUAGUUAUAGAGGCAAAUCUAUCUUGCCAUAUCUAUUAACUCCACAAAACAUUAUCAUACCACAUCCUUUACAACAAUCAGUCACGAGAUUAUUGAAUGCAUUGGCAUCAUUUAGAUGUGGAAGAGACUAUUUAUCAUUUGAUUCUACUGUUGUUGAUACGGUAUUCAAGUGCAUGAAUAGUAUUUCUGAUAAUAAUAUAGAUACAUUGACUUGCAAUAUGAUGAUUGCAAUGUUACAAAAAUUAUCUUUACGUAAACAACAAAGGAUUUAUAUGAUAGAAAAUGGAUUAAUGGAAUGGUUGAUCCAUCAUCUACAUGAUCAGUAUCGUGUUAUGGAUUCUUAUCGCUUGGAAUAUGCUACGGCUCUUUUAAUGAAUUUAUCGUUGCAUCAAACAGCUCAAAGAAGAGUGUCAACAAUGGCGCCUUUACUUAUGUCAACAUUAAUUGAUUUACUCUUAAUGGAUCAUGAAUCGGCAUUACCAUAUAUCAAUGGAGCCUUAAAUAAUUUCUUGACGAAUCACGUAUUCAACGAGGAAGCAAAACGAAUUAAAUUCUCAUCUAUAAUAGAACAAUACAGUAAAUAUAAAACUGGCGAGAUAAGGAAACACUUGGAUCAUAUUCUAAAGAUACAUAGAGGUGAAAUUACUAUUAAAACGGAAGACGAGGAAAUGGCAGAUAAUGAUAAUGAGGAAUUUGAUGUAUUGGAAAGUCAAUUGGACGAAAAUGAUCCGGUAAAGAAUAAUUACGGAGAAUUGUGUGGAGAAUCGUUAUUAGAGUCAUGUUAUACAAUUUUACCAAAGGCAAUUCAAGAGAAGGAAACAAUAUCCGACGAAUUAUCAUUUCCGCAAUUGAAAACAGAAGCAAUAGAUUCUGCUAUGCAGAAUAAUCAAAUUAAAAAUUUAUCUUCUGAACACGAAUCAAUACAACAUGAAGAAAUUUUACCAAGAAAAUUGGUAAAUAGCAAGCCUAACGUGAAAACUAAAACUAAUAUUGUAAUACUACAAAAUUCUAUUAAAAAGACAAUCUCAUAUCCAAAACCACAGCCACGUGUAGUCGAAUUAAAAUCUUCUUCGACAAAGGUAUUUAACGAGAAAUUAACUAUCAAAUUAAAAUUUAAAAUUUAUAUUUAUAACGUUUUUAAGGAUCGGCAAAUUUUUAAAGUGCAAGUGGCGAAUGAAAGAUGGAACUCGAAGAAUGAUAAGACUUUCGUAAAAGAAAUUCAUAAUGAAAGUGCUAUGUAUCUUUAUGAAAAUCAUACUUCGAAGGAAAGCAGCAAAACGACACUAGCAUCCUCGAUGCUCCUAGGAAUCGGAAGUGAAGCUGAAUCAACAGUAAUGGAGAAACUCAGCAGCAUAGCGUCAUUGAAUACUGAAGAUAGCAAUAGGAUUGCCAACGAUAAGGUUUCAUGGACGCAAGAGACAAAAUCCGAUACAGAGGAAGCAUUUUUAGCUAAGCCAAAGCUUCCACGAACUCCGCCAUAAUUAAAACCAGAUCUCAAGAAUAUAAUAAAAAGGGAUGAAUAUUAUACUCCCAUUAUUUAUACAAUAAUUUUAUUUUAAACAACAAACAAACAGUAUUUAAUUAAAAUUAAAUAUUUCAUAUAAUAAAUAUGUACAAAACAUAACAUAACA